AGAAUCAACUAAUUUGAAAAAAAGUAAAUUACUUUUAAGGAGUUCGUUGAAACAUGGAUCAAGAAACAGCAAAAGCUUUAUUUAAAGAAGGAGCGUGCUUAUUGCUGCAAGGAGUUCCUGAAGGGACAGAGUUUGGGAUGGACUGGAACUCAUGGAGCAUUGGACCUAAAUUUGAAGGUGUAAAGAUGGUCCCACCGGGAAUUCACUAUGUUUUCUACAGCGCCGUUUCGCAACUUGAUGGACACCAAGCGCCGCGAACGGGUUUCUUUCAUGAUUUUAAACGACAAGAAAUUGUUGUCAAAAGAUGGCUGCCUGAAAGUGAAGAAUUAUUGGAUCAACCUAAAUCGGCUGAGGAAAAACAACAAAUAAAAAUGAAUUUGGUGAAUAUGGAUAAAAAUCUUGCACCUUACCCAUAUGAAACAUUAAAGAAAUGGAUAUCGAUGAGUAACCAUUGCACACCACAUCUUGUUGAUAAAUUGUCGCCAGAGUGUGGUAUUAUAACUUCAGUUCUGGAAAUGUUUCCCUCAUCAGGCCGCUCUAAGGAUAAUAUUGGUAAAGACGGACUUCCGUUAUUGACUGUAAAUCCUACAACUGUCAUAAGGUUUUCCAAGAUCCCAGAACUUUGGUACCCAGAGGGUGCAGAAGCUGCAGAAAUUACUAAACAUUCUAUGGAUUCAUCUUAUGUCAUGAAGGCUAUUAUAUCAUGUUAUCAUGAUCCUAUGAACUUGCUGGGUGAACUACAGUUCUCAUUUUUAUGUUUUAUUUUGGGGCAGGUCAUGGAUGCUUUUGAUCAUUGGAAGAAAUUGGUUCGAAUUAUUUGUUAUUGUGAAAACUCAUUGCAUGAUCUCCAAAAUUUUUAUUUACUAUUAAUAUCAGUUCUUUAUCACCAAAUUGUUGAAAUUCCAUCAGAUUUUUUUGUUGACAUAACUUCAUCAGACAACUUUCUUAUUGUAGCUUUAUCUCGUUUGUUUUCUAACAUUGACUCAACAGAUGAUACUGAAUUAAAGCAACGUGCUGUCUUGUUUCGAAAACAUCUUACAAAAAAAUUAAAAUGGAAAUUUAACCAUGAACCAGAUGAUUGUAAACCUGUUGUAGUUAAAACCUGAAAAUUUCAUAUUUGUUUGAUUGUUAGUUCAUACCAACAUAGUUCCAUGUCAACCUAUUUUUUUCUUAACUUGACCAGUUUACCACCUUACUUCUGACCCCUAUCCACAAAUCUGUGAAACAAAUGUUGCCUAAUUGGUCGUGAUUCUUGUUUCAUACCAUUUUCAUAGGUUUUGUACUCCUGGCUUUCGUAUAUACAGGUCAACUUAUUUCAUAUGAAAUAGUUGAUUCUUCAAUACUGAACCUUGUUCGCUUCAGCAAACAGUAAACACAUAUGUAUGAAAACAA